GGGAGCUCACUCUUGGAAUCGCGAUGGCGAUGGCGACGGUAAUCCCUGUGGUCACGCCAGUCGACAAGAAUGCCGGCGCUGGCAAGCCUCGGUCAGGAAAAGAGAUCGAGCUGAAAGGAAUCGAGAUUUCAAGUCCGACUAUACCUUAUUACCGAUCGAAGCAAUUCAGUAUUGAUUGCAAUGCAGCAAUUUUCUUUUGAACUGCAAGGGGUUUGCUUGAUUGGAAUCGAGAGUUUUACUUUGAGAAGUUCUCACCAAGCAUGAAGAGAAGCGUGAAUCCUCUGUUUGGUUUCUUCCCGAACAGAGAUUUUCCUGCACGGCUCGCGCAGUGAUACGAGUGUAAGUUACUCAUAGUGAUCUCGCCUCCUUACUUGCAUCUUACCAGGAAGGAACCUCUUGAACUCUAGAGCUCGAGCUUGCGAUUCCACUUCUUUCACGAUGGAAGUUGGAACUCCGAGCAACCACGACUUGGACAGACUUCUACGCUUUCGAAAAUCAACGAUUAGUAGGUGCUCUUAAACUUUUUGAUCGAUCGCUCGUGGAACCAGUCCAAUUGAAAAGAAUUGCAAGCUCUCUCUCUCUCUCUCUCUCUCUCUCUCGCUCGCGAGUGAGUCACUGUUUUGAUUCUUCCAAGCUCUAAAGUGGUGACUCCAUUUUCCAAAGACAUGGGGAAUCGAACGCGCGCGACGUGAAGUCCAUGAAAACUCCACUCUAGAGAGAUUCUAGGGCAUAUUCGUUUGCCAUGGACGCUAUCCAGCCUCCUCCUCUCGCGUCCUCGGCAGCGGCGGAUUCGGGCGCCAAGGAUCUCGACAUUGUCAUCCUCGUCUCCAAAGGUCUGGGAUCUUCGCUCGCUUCGUGGCGCUCCAUUCUAAAACCUUACCAUCUCCUCAUUGUGAUCGACGAGGAGGAGGAAGAGAUCCAGCAGCACCUCCAUGGCCUGGAUUUCGCCCUCUACUCCACCGCCGACGCCAAUUGCGAGCUGGAGCGAUGCAAUCUCUUGGGCGCCAAGGACCGCUCGGCCCUAGCCGCGGCGCGCGCUUUCGCCCUCCUCGCCUCCACUCGAAGGUACCUCGCCUUCUUGGAUCUCAGCUCCGCGGCUCCUGCCACAGAUCCGGCCACCGGCGACGCCAUCGAUCCAUUCCAGCAGCACCUCACGAAUCUGCGAUCGCCCUCCACGCCCUUCUUCUUCAACACGCUCUACGAUCCCUUCCGGCCCGGCGCGGACUUCGUCCGGGGAUACCCUUUCAGCCUCCGGACGGGGGUUCCCACCGCGAUCUCGCACGGGCUGUGGCUGGAUCCGGCCAAGAAGCCCGCGGAUCUGGUGCUCACUGUGCCCAGGGACGUGUUCUUCGCGAUGCGAUGCAUCAAUGUGGCUUUUGAUCGCGAGCUCGUCGGGGCGGCCAUGUUCCUGGGCAGUGGAGAUCUCUGGGCGGGGCUCUGCGCCAAGAGGAUCUGUGACCAUCUGCGAGUUGGGGUGAAGUCCGGGAUCCCAUACGUGGCUUCUCGCGGCCAGGAAAAGGAGGAAGAGACCACCGAGCUCGCGGAUCCGGAGAUCAUCGAUUUCGUUCGCGGGAUUGAGCUGCCGGAUGCUGCCGUCUCGGCUGUGGAUUGCUAUGAAGAGAUUGUGAAGAAGAUCAAGGCCGAGAAGCCCAAGUUCGCGGGAGAGAUCUCAGUGGCGGGCCUGGAAGCCUGGAUCGCGGCUUGGAAGAAGACAUAGAACAAACAAACGGUUCUUGAGUGAAACGCACAAAAGGAAUAAUUCGCCUCUGUGCAAGGCAUAUUCUGGUAUAAAUCUCUAUAGAGUUAAAGUUU